CUUUUGGAUGAGGAAAGGGACCGCCCGUUCGCCAAGAAGAAGGCUAGGGCUGCGGCUUCUCUUUCUCCUUCUUCUACUGAGCUCUCUCUCGCGAACUCGUUAUGGCGGUGGCUUCUUCUUCCUCGCCAGUGGUGUCUGCGUCGCCGUGGAAUAUGGCGUCGCUUCGCUCUGCCCUCCCUUCGGUCCCGAGGUCUCGCGUCCCUUCGCUCCGUUUUCCGGCCCAUUCACCGUUCCCUUCGUCGUCACGGCUCCGGUCAGGCCUCGGAGAUGCCAAAUUCUUGCGGUCUUUCUCCGGACUUGCUCCCAUGACUCCACUUCUCUCCAUCAGCUCCGAAUGUGACAGCUUUGAGCAGGGAUUUAGCUACAUCAACAAUGGGAGUAAAUUCUAUGCAAUGAGGCAUGGAAAACGUGUUCCAAAACUCAACAGGCCCCCAGAUCAGCGGAAAGCACUACUACGUGGCCUUACAACGCAGCUGUUGAAGCAUGGUAGAAUAAAAACCACCAGAGCAAGGGCAAGUGCGAUGAGGAAAUAUGUAGAUAAGAUGAUAACACUAGCGAAGGAAGGAUCCCUUCAUAAGAGGAGACAGGCCCUGGGCUUUAUAUAUGAGAAGCAAAUAGUCCAUGCCUUGUUUGCUGAGGUUCAAGACAGAUAUGGUGAUAGAAAUGGAGGGUACACUAGAAUCAUCAGAACUCUACCAAGACGAGGAGACAAUGCGCCAAUGGCUUACAUUGAGCUUGUUUAGUCAGCAUGGAUUGCAGAGGUUUUGAACUUCAUGUUUCCCCGGGGAUGCCUAUCAGCUGAAUUCAUUGUUAGGGAACUGGAUGGCCUGCAUUUAUCUUGGUCUGACUUUGACGUCGUCGCUAGUUGCCAAUGGGCGAUGAAAUCCAGUCUCAAGAAGGCUGAGAAUUGACCCUUUUAUCACUGCUGGGUGAAUCAGCAAGCACUCUGCAUUGACCUGCUAAUGGUGGGCGUUUCUUUAUACCGGAUUGAGGAGGACGCAGCCCAAAAGCACACUUUCCAUUGACUUUUCGGGGUGAUCCAUAGGGUUAUGUAUACAUAUCUGUAUUAGUGUGGUAUAUGUAUAUCAUUUCUGGACAGUGUGGAGUGGGUAACGCUGGCCCAAACUGGUGGAUUUAAGUGAUGAUUUGGACACCACAUAUGGUGGCUCUGAUAUCACAGCUCAAAGUCACUUUUUUCUUUCGAGUUAGUAGGGUCCGUAGCAACCUUUCUGGUAUGUGGUUUUUAUCCUCAUAUUGUUUUACAAUGUACUAAGAUUUGUGGAGGAACUUGUGCGUCUUAAAUCUAGACAAACUUUGGAAACUGCA